UAAUAUAAUUUUCUUUUUCUCAUUCUGGAUCGAAGUUGCCAUCUUUUGGUCUUCUCAACACUGUAACUGAUACCAAACUAUUCUGCCUCCAUCCCACACAGUCUAUGCAGAGCCUCCCAAAUUCCAAUAAGGCUGAGAGAGGGUAGACAAUCUGGAGGUCAUACUUCUUUGUCUGAAGUGACACUUGUUUGGAUAGUAUCCCAGUAUUUUGUUUCAGUGUGUUGCUAUUCACUUCUACUCCUCCAUUUCAUUCAGCAAAACACUGUAAUGGCUCAACAGGAAGAAGGGUGGCCUUUGGGUUUGAGAUUCUUGAAUUCUAGACUUGGGCUGGUGAGAAAUGGUUCUGGGUCAGCCUCUUUCAGCACUGUGCUUACUGCUUCUCAUACCCCUUCAACUGAUUCUUCCUCAGAUCUUGAUACAGAGUCCACUGGAUCAUUCUUCCGUGACAACAGCAUUACACUUGGCAGCCUCAUUGGUAUUUCUAGCUUCUUAGAACUCUCAGGCAGAUCAACAAGAGGAAGAAUGGUGGAAGCCUCGAAGGACAGCAAAAGAAUUCACAAGCUGAAACCUUGGUUGUUUUCACUUUGUUCAAGGCUAAGUACUGAUGCAGUGAGUGGAAAUGAUACCCCCUCUCUUGGUCACUACCUUGAAGCUGAGAGAAGAGCAGCGAGUACAUACAGAAGGAACCAGUGUCCUACGACUUAUGGACCCAAUGUUUUCUCCCCUAUUCAAGAUUCAACCUCACUAUUAGUGGGUAGCCAAACUGAUCAUUGGCCAUCUGCUUCAUUGGGUGAUGAUGGUGGACAUUAGCAUGAUCAUAACAGUGAACUAGACGAGUGAUGGAUAAGGAACACCAAUAGUUUUUUUCUUGUCUGUGUGGAUAUUUCAACAUGUGAUGAUCCCUUGUUAUUGAUUUAUAUUUCAUUUAGAGGUCACGGAGUUCUUUAUCUGCUUCAGGAGAUUCUCCUGCUUGGUAAUUAAAUUUCAAGACAUUAGGAUGUUCUGUUCGUACUCC